GCAUUGGAAGCUGCUGAGUAGGAAGGAGGAGGAGCUAGGUCGAUUCAGUAGGAGGCGUGUCAGCAGGUCCCUCAUCCUACACUCCUCAGCUCCUCCCAGUACGGCUCUUCCCUCCCCGGCCGGCUGUGAGUGGUACAGGCAGUGCGAUGGCUCCGGCGCUGGACAGGCCUGGUUACUGGGGUCCCCCGACCUCCACCCUGGAGUGGUGUGAAGAGAACUACGUAGUGACCUUCUACAUCGCCGAGUUCUGGAACACCGUGAGUAACCUGAUUAUGAUCCUGCCUCCUAUCUACGGUGCAAUUCAGACUGUAAGAGAUGGAUUAGAGACCCGCUAUUUGGUUUCCUUUUUGGGACUUGCAGCCGUGGGGCUGGGCUCGUGGUGUUUCCAUAUGACGUUGCAGUAUGAAAUGCAGCUGCUGGAUGAGCUGCCCAUGAUCUACAGCUGCAGUGUCUUUGUUUACUGCCUGUACGAAUGUUUUAAGAACAGAAAUUCCUACAAUUAUUUGCUGCUCGUCCUGCUGAUACUCUUCAGCUUAAUAGUCACUACAGUUUAUUUAAGGUGGAAGGAGCCUGUAUUUCAUCAGGUUAUGUACGGUCUGCUAGUGUCCUUCCUAGUCCUCAGAUCUGUGUAUAUAGUGACCUGGGUGUACCCCUGGCUGAGAGGACUGGCCUACACCUCUCUAGGUGUGUUUUUAUUAGGGUUCCUGCUAUGGAACGUGGACAACAUUUUCUGUAGUACCUGGAGGGAAGUGCGGCAGAAGGUUCCGCCAGUAGUUGGCGCUGUUACCCAGUUCCAUGCCUGGUGGCACAUUCUCACAGGACUGGGCUCCUAUCUGCACAUCUUAUUCAGUUUAUACACAAGGACCCUCUACCUGAAGUACCGACCUAAAGUGAAGUUCAUGUUGGGCAUGUGGCCGGUGAUUAUGGUGGAGAACCCCAAGCGACAUUGACCAAGCGGAACCUGAAACACCACGAAGACAUUCCAGCGGCCAUGGACUCUCCCUCUAUAAAUAUAUAGCACUAGCACUGCCCAGCUCAUUGGCACCAGCCCAGCUCAGUGGAAGCUCUUGCCUUGGGAUCAUUCCUCCUGUUGAUCCCGGUGUAAUCCCCUUCCCUUCCAGCAGGGGGCAAUGUGUCACUGUACAAGCAGCUACGGGUGGGUGUGUGGGACAUAAUACAUUUCUGCUGGUGACAGAAAUAACAAGAAAUCAAUAGAGCAAGAAAGAAAUUGUAGCAACACACCUUUGGCUGCGUGUGACCUUAACUGUAACCUGAUAAACUUUAUAGGCACCUCCUACUUUGUACUGUAUCUCCCCCCAGGGGUCACAAGCACGUGACGGGCUCAGCUGAUUGAGAGCAGUGACAUGUGGGUGUGGCCAAUGAGACAGACACCCAGUAAGGGAACUGUAGGGCCCUGUCCUUAAUUGCCACCUAGGGUGUCUGGGUGCAACAAGCGGUACCGGGUAGUUUGUUCCAAUGCAAAUCAUUUUGCUCGGUUGGGGGGUGGGAUUUUGUGUCUGGUCCUGAGUGGGAGGAGGCUUUGUAUCCCCGCCCCUUUCCAGAAUGGCAGCCACUCCCUUUAUUCCACCCUAGUGAUGCAGCAUGGGAUAUGAUUUACUGUGGCAGGGGGUGGGAAUACAGGGCUACCUAUUCAGUGACAGAACUACAUCUCCCAGCAUCCCACUAACACCUGCAUCCUGGACAAGAAACUCUAUUACACAAUAUACAAGGUGUGUGCUCUUCCCAACAUGUAUUCCAUUCCUCUCUCACACUAAAUACCCAGCGCUGGGAUUAGAGGUGACAGUUGUGAGAUGACAGAUAUUCAUGUGUGGGUUGGCCUGAUACCUGCAAAACUCACAGGGGGGGGGGGUUACAUUUUUGUGACCAUUGAGGGUUUGGGUGGGGGUCAGACUGGGGAAGUUCCCUCCUCCUCUGCUCCCAAAUAUUCUCUGUCUGAGGCCGCACAGGAGAAGUGUAGAGAAUGGGAAGGUGCCGGUCCCACAGUGAAACAUUUGUGGGUUUGAUUCCUGAUCCGCACUGACAGUUGGACUGGGCCGGGGGCACUGGGAAGAAACUGACAUCACAUUGACAAAAUCCCGGAAACCCACUGGGUCUGUAUUUGGAGCCGGGGCUAUUUGUGCUCAGAUUAAACCAGAAUGUAACAAAGGAUUCAAUUAGAGCUGGACCAGUUCCUUAA